GCUUCACCCAUCGUCGACGCACCAUCGACGCGCGUUGCCGUGUACACGCCUAUUUAUUACUAUUAUUUUUUGACGCCGAAACGCACCGCGUUUGGCACAUAUAUAUAUUUCUAUAUUUGUGCUUAUUGUUAAUAUUAGUAUUUGCUUUAGAGGUAGAAAAUGGAGUCCGAGAGCUUCAAGACCGCCCCCUCGCGCACGAGCGAGGAGCUCGCGUCACACCCGUCAGACCAGCACCGCAGUCACAGCCACCGCAACGGCGGCUCGCGCCGAUCCUCUCAGCUCGCCCCAAACGGUGCUCCCCCGCGCGAGGUCGGAGGCGGAGGCGGAGACAAAAUGAAGGGGAUGCAGUUGAACCACCACAGCAGCUCCUCCCGGCACCACCACAGCCGCAGCCACAGCCACAGCCACCGUCACCGUCACCGCUCACACCACAGUGCACCGUCGCCGGCGGGCGGGCCGUCCGCCCACGAGGGCAAUUCUCAAAAGGACACCGCGAGUGAAAAGGAGAACGGCCGCGGGGGAAACGGUGUGGCGGGGUCGGUGGUGAUGCCAAGCACCCAGUCGCCGUGCGAGGCAUCGGUAAACAGCCGGGCCAGUACCCGCAGCUCUCGCCUGCCAAUGCGCCGCUCCGAGCGGGCCUCCGUCGUCGGUCCUGGGUCGACGUUUGGCGAGGCAAGCCUCCAUGACCUGCGCUCUAUCACCAGUGAGGUCAGCGCGCUGGACCGCCCCGCCUCGCACAAGGACAUCUCGCAGCGUCCUGCCGCACUGCCUUCUCUCACGGGCUUCCCUGCGGCGAAUGGGCGAAGUACGAUGAGGGAAACGGAUGGCAGUGGGGACGGCCAGGCAGCAUCGGGGAAGCAACCUGCACCGCACAGGUCGAAUCGCACCGCAUCCUCCUCCAGCUCCUCGUACGCCUCGCAGGACGGAGGGAGUGACUUUCACGCGGAGGCGCCGCGCACGACGGCCACCACCACCACGAGCAACGCCGCCGCCGCCGCUGCGGUUGAAGUGCCGUACUCUGUGCAACGCGACAGCGGCAGCUCCUCUCCCUACGACAAAGCAGAAGUACCCGCCGCAGCACGAAAAGAGGAGGAGGAGGACGAGGAGUCGAGCAGCAGCCGCAACAGCAACCAACAGUCCCAGCAGCAGCAGCAGCAGCAGCAGCAGCGUCGGCGAAGCCUGCCAGUAGAGAACGGUGCUGCUCCAGCUUCCACCAACGCGUCCGCCAGCGCGCGACGCCUCGUCACGACGGCAUCGUCGAACGGCCGUAGUCCGCAGCGCGGGCGACCCUCCAGCACAAGCCCCCGCCGCACCUCAACCGCCAUCGUGCCGUUCCACCUGAACACGGAGCGACGCGGCAGCGUGCGCCGGACGGCGUCUCCGCAGGCGUACGUCCCGCACGACCCGCUGAUGGACCUGCCCAAAGAGCAGCGGGAGCGGAUUAUGGCGAUGCCUCACCACGCCUUUAAUGCACCGGGCACCUGGCGCCUCGACAUGCGCUACGAGGAGGACCGCAAGGAGUACUUCCGCCAGACCUACCUGGUCGACCCGCUGACGCGCACCCGGCCGACGACGCGGCAGUUCCGCAUUCCGGAGCAGCUCGACUUAUUCGGCAUGUACCCGGACAUCCCCAUGACGAAAGACGAGGAUGGCAACGACGUUGUUGAGCACCAGGCGCCCAUCCCGAUUAAGGGCGAGAGCUUUGUGAAGGAGCAGAAGCCGUACGCGCCACCACGGGUACCACGGAAGCAGCAGCAGCAGCGCGGACGCGGUGCCGACGAGAACCUCGUGUACGCACCACCACCACCGCGGCCAUCAACGACGACGGCGGCGGCGGCGGCGGGGCGGCCCAGCCCCGGGCUCUCCGACUUCGUUUGGGGCUACGGCGAGGAGUCCUGCGGGCGUCCCGGCGGCCUCACUCCACCACGCGGCCGCAUCGUCAGCGACAUCACCGCCCCGUACCGACGCAACCCGGCGAUGAGCACCGGUCAGAUUGGACAGCAGGGCGGCGCCGGCACGCUUAAUCUUUUUCACACACCGCCGUCUGAGGAGCACGAACGGCCAGGCAACAAUACCAGCAAGCAGCAGCAGCAGCGGCAGCGGCAAUCCGGUUUGGUGGGUACGCCUCCGCAAUCGUCACUGGACGGUCAGCAGACGCGCGAUGUCUCGCAGGCAUCCACGUCUUUUGCGAUCAUGCAGCCCACACCGUUUCCGAGCACGACGAACAGCGACUACGGACGGUCACCCCGGCGAGGAACCGAGGCCGCUGCGGUGGUGGGUGUGACGCCGUCAUCGCCACCGCUGCAGGCGCCAUCCGAUCACGUAGAGACAGAUCGCCCAGCGGAAGACAGCGAAGUCGUCGCGGCUCCAGAGCAGGAAGCUGCUGCGUUGGAGAAGCCGCAGUCGCAACAGCAUCCACCAUCGCACAACGCGCGCAGCCCGCCCGCGGAGGCGGUGGUCCUUCGGCCCUCCGUUGGGGGUAACAGCGGGAGUCAGAGCCCCAGCGAUGGCGUCGUUGCACCGCCGCGCGGCACCGACCCCGUGGCAGAGGCCAAGGCGCCAACGGCGGUCCAGCCCGAUGAAUUCGCCGACCGCCAUUCAGGAGAAAAGAAUCCCGUUGACGAGCAACCGCCCGCGCAGGCCGCGAAGGUGCCGAAGGUCACAAGCCCACCAGACGCAACUUCGUUAGCCCGCUCCAACAGGAGUACAGCAAAGUCGGAGACGAGCAGGCGGCUGCAGACGAGCGAAGGUUGCAAGCCGCAAGGGGAAAAGAAGGAAGAGGGUGCACCUGCUGCAAAGCCUGCAGUGAAGCCAGCAGCUCAGAAGGAGCGGCUGCAGAAGCAGCAGCAGCAGCCACCGCACUCCGCAGCCCCCACGGAGAAGAGCGAGCGCGCUGCGGUGAAUGCGCAGUCCUCUGUGGUGCCGUCUUCCGCCGCCUCUACCGCCGGCGCUCAGGUGGACGACACGGCUGCGCUGCGGUCCACGUCUUCAUCACCGGUAAGUGUUCACAAGAGCACCCCCGCCCCAUCGCCGUCCUCGUCCGCAAAGGCUGCGACGGCGGCAGCUGCCCCGGUACCCCCACCGCAGCUCUCGCACGUGCCGGCUGCGAACACGGCCGUCUCGUCCGAGGUGCAGACACCGAAGAGCGCCAGGCCGGACACCGUCUUUCCUGUUCCCUCGCCUGCCCCAACGCUGCCCGCAUCGGUGUCGUCGCGCGUUUCGCGCGAGCGUGACGAGCGGGUGAAGCGGCCAUCAGAUACUGCUGCUGCGCCAGCGACCGUCAGCAACAACAAUAACAGGCUGAACAAAGACGAUGAAACGACGCGAGCGCGGCCCCGGACAGAGCGGCCGUCGCGUGCGAGCGCGCCAGCGGAUGUCCCACCUCCCCUGCCAUCGCCACCGCCCUCGACGCCGCGCACAGCAGCUUCCACAGCCGUACCAGCAUCCGCAACAACGAAGACAAGACCCUCAGCGGCAGUCAAUGCGGCAACGUUACCAUCAACGGCGCCGUCCUCCAACGCCUACACACGCGAGGCGAGCAGCAGCACGACGGACGGGGCCAGCGCGCACGAGGAGCAUUACGACCCUUCGUCGACCGGUGAGGAGGUGGGGGCGCCGACGGCCGCCUCCGCAGCCCCGUCGCAUCGCUCCGCCGCUGCUGCCAGCCCGGUCGCGUCGUCGCGGAGGUCAGAAACGAAGGCGGGGGAGAGCAGUCGUCGUUCCGAGGAUCAGAAGGAGGACCCUCCAAACAGCCGCCCCACCCCGACACCCACCCUCGGCACUUCGGUGGCAUCCUCUGUCCAGCGGAGCAGCGUCGGCCGGAGCAGCAGCCACCGCCACGGCCACGGCGGGCGCAGCGUGCGGAGUGAGGUGAGUGCAGCGAGUAGCUCCGCGCCAGAAUCAGAGGCUUCCUCCUCGGCCUUCUCGUCGCGUCAGCACGACCGCGCCAGCGGUGCCGGUUCCCCGGCCGCUAGCUCGAAAGAUCAUCUGGGCAGCAGCAGCUACGCGGGUGGGCCCUGUGAGAAACCGGUCGUGUCGGGGUGCGGCACGCAGACGGACUUUGUGUUCGUGCUGGACCCGCUGCAAGGCCGUCAGUUUCUGCAACUGGAGCAGGAGCAGCAGCUUUUUCUGGAGGAGCAGCAGCUGCAGCAACAGAAACGUCCGCAGAAUGUGCUGCAAAUUACGGACACCCGGUUCGGCUCCUCGGGGAUCUUAACGAACUACACCACGCCACCACGACAGCAGCAGCAGGAGACGUCUUCAAAUGGCCUUGUCUCCCCGUCACAGCAACGGGCAGCGGGGGUGUCCACGGGGGUCUCUCCAACCUGCAUGCGUCGCACGAGCUACGCAAACAUGUCGACGAAUGUGCGCGAUUUGCUACGGUGGAGUUGA